UUGGAGUCAGACCAGGAGCCUGAGCCAGACCUGGGGUAAAAGCUGGAGCGGCAUCACUAAAGAAGCCGAAAAGAUGCUGCUUAUUUUGGGACUGUUCACCUGCUUCCUUUCAGUUUUCUACGUGACAGCUCCAUCCAUCAGGAAGUACUUUGCUGGUGGAGUCUGCAGAACCAAUGUGCAGCUUCCUGGAAAAGUGGUGGUGAUCACCGGCGCCAACACAGGCAUUGGCAAGGAGACAGCCAGAGAGCUCGCGCGCAGAGGAGCCCGAGUAUACAUUGCCUGCCGAGAUGUGCUGAAGGGGGAGUCUGCCGCCAGUGAAAUCCGAGCAGACACAAAGAACUCCCAGGUGUUGGUGCGGAAACUGGACCUAUCUGACACCAAAUCCAUCCGAGCCUUUGCUGAGGGCUUUCUGGCAGAGGAAAAGAAGCUCCAUAUACUGAUCAAUAAUGCAGGAGUAAUGUUGUGUCCAUAUUCCAAAACAGCAGAUGGCUUUGAAACCCAUAUUGGGGUCAACCACCUGGGCCACUUCCUUCUCACCUACCUGCUCCUCGAGCGGCUGAAAGAAUCUGCUCCUGCGCGGGUGGUGAACCUGUCAUCCGUGGUGCAUCACGCUGGCAAGAUCCGCUUCCACGACCUCCAGGGUGAGAAGUAUUACUGCAGCGGCUUUGCCUACUGCCAUAGCAAGUUGGCCAAUCUGCUUUUCACUCGUGAGUUGGCCAAGAGGCUUCAAGGCACAGGGGUCACCACCUAUGCGGUGCACCCAGGCAUUGUCAGGUCCGAGCUGAUCCGGCACUCCUUCCUUCUGUGUCUGUUGUGGCGAUUCUUCUCCCUCUUUGUCAAGUCCACGUGGCAAGGGGCGCAGACCACCCUGCACUGUGCCCUGGCUGAGGGCCUGGAGCCCCUGAGCGGCAAGUACUUCAGUGACUGCAAGAGGACUUGGGUAUCUCCAAGGGCCCGAAAUAAGAAAACAGCCGAGCGCCUGUGGAACGUGAGCUGUGAGCUUCUAGGAAUCCAGUGGGAGUAGCCAGGGGAAGAGCUCUGGCUUUACGAGGAGGCCCUAUCCGUGCCAUGAUGAAAGGGGACCAAAGAGAAGGCCAGCACUGAAGGCUUGUCCUACUCACCUUUCUGGAAACCUUUGUCCACCCAGCCCUCAGGGGAGGCUGAUUGUGGCCCAAGACAUGCCUGCCUACGAACCUUCCUCGCAAGACUGGGAGAGUUGGCACCUUGUGGGACCAGAGGCCGGGCAGAUCCCAGGCACGCUGCAACAGGGGUAGAACAAGAGCCCGGGGAACCGGGCCAGUUUCCUCCCCAGUG